GUGCGCUUCCCCACCGACGCCUCCAACGACACCGCAGCAUGUGGCGAUGGCCGCGGCAGCUACGGGCCGCUUCCUGGGUGCCUCGACAGCGGCCACAUUGGCUCACGACGCACUCAGCUCGGUGACGCAGACUGGGGGCAUCGACUGCGCGGCUCAGUUACGAGGUCAUGAAGGGGGCGCCACCAGCCGGUCUCUGGCCACGUGCAAGUACGGUGGUGGCGUAGACGCCACGGGCACGGCCGCCCAGGCGUCGGCUCACGCUGUUGCCAUGACGACCGUCGACUCGUACGUCCACUUGGGGCUCAACCCAGCCGGUGGGGGACAGUACGGGCCUUGUCCCGGACCCUGGAACGCACACAGGUUUGCCGACCAGUUCGGCCAAGACCGGUUCCGGAUGGGUUCCUGCUUCGGCCGCGAAGACCACCCACUGGACGGCUCUGCCGGUCCCAUGGCCGCGGCGGCUGUCGACCGCUCACAUCCGGCCAAUUCCGGCGCCAUGUCGACCAAUGCGGGCGUCGUGGACCACCACCACCUGUACCGGAACCACAACUACGGCACUGCAGCUGCAGCCGCGGCUGCGGCCGACUUCCGGAGGUCAGCGCCCGCCGGCUUCGUCGACGCCGACGGGUACUGUUCCACCCGUGGCGUCCUGGGAGUCCAGAACUGCCCAGUCUUCACGCACGUCGUACAGACCACGGCCCAAGACCAAGGACUGUUCGGCACAGAUGGCAGGACACAGAUGAUGGACGCUUCGUCCGGUGCUUGCGCGUACGGGACGGCGCAGGCUCUGGCUGGACACUUCCUGUCGCCCCGAUAGCGUCG